AUGUUCACCCAGACACUCUUUUCCAUCGCCCUAGCGGCCUCUGCUGUUCUUGCUGCCCCCUCUUCAGGCGGUGCUGUUCCCAAGUGCCCCAUCGUUUUCGAUGGCCGUGUUCCUCUGAACGCCACCCUCGAGUCUUUCGAUUCCGCUGCUACCAACACCCUCUUCAAUGCCGGAUUCGUCAAGGGCAACAACUUGACCUGGUCUCAGAUUCUCAAGUUCCCCAAUGUUGGGGCCUCCCGCUUCGACUGUGGCUUCAAGCCUCUCGAGCUCACCAUCUCCGAUGCAUCCAUCUUCAUGAAGCAGGUUGGAUUCCGUCGCGCUGAGCUCCAGUUUCUCAAGGAUGCUGCCGAUGGCGAGGGUGGCAAGGGCGUCAAGACCCUCCACUGGAGUGUCAAGCAGAACCCCCAGAGGGCCUUGAACCUGACCCACGAGUACCUCAACGUGUGGCACGAGGCCGCUGAUUUCAGCAGCAACCAGAUCCAAUUCCAGGCCGGAACCCUCAUUGGCAAGAGCGAUGCCGACAAGAGCAGCUUCAAGAUUCUUGACCGCACCAACAAGCAGCUCUGGGCUACCCCCAUCGACUUCACCAACUGGCAAAACUUUGCUAUCACUCUCGACUACGUUAAGAACGAGGUUACCAUCUUCUACAGCAAGGGAAAGAGUGCCCUCAAGAAGGUCGCCGGCCCCAUCAGCGCUGACCUCUCUGGUGGCGGCCAGUACCACUGCGGUAUGCUCAAGAAGCCUACUGGUACUUCUGAUGUUGCCAAUGCUGGUUUCCAGGAGUCUCCUCUUGACGAGAGCCAGAUCUACGGUGGUCUCUUCCUUGAGGACUCUUCCAACGGCUGUGUUUCUCUCUAA